GGGCCCCAGAGACCUGAGUGGCGCUCAGCUCUCCAUGUCCUGCUGAAGCCUUCAGCCCAGGGGACUUGGCAGUAGCUCUGGCCACAUGCAUCUGCCGUGCCUUGUCCUCCGCAUGCGCUGGCUCUGGGACCGGGCCGCCGGUCCCCGUGAGGAGCACUCCCGCGUGGACCCCGAGCAGCUCUUCACCAAGCUGGACCGUAUCGGCAAGGGCUCCUUUGGGGAGGUGUACAAGGGCAUUGACAACCGGAGCAAGGAGGUGGUGGCCAUCAAGAUCAUCGACCUGGAGGAGGCCGAGGACGAGAUCGAGGACAUCCAGCAGGAAAUCACUGUGCUCAGCCAGUGUGACAGCCCCUACAUCACCCGCUACUUCGGCUCCUACCUGAAGAGCACGAAGCUGUGGAUCAUCAUGGAGUAUCUGGGCGGCGGUUCUGCGUUGGACCUGCUUAAACCCGGCCCGCUGGAGGAGACCUACAUCGCCACCAUCCUGCGGGAGAUCCUGAAGGGCCUGGACUACUUGCACUCGGAGCGCAAGAUCCACCGAGACAUCAAAGCCGCCAACGUGCUGCUCUCAGAGCAGGGGGACGUGAAGCUGGCAGACUUCGGGGUGGCGGGGCAGCUCACAGACACGCAGAUCAAGAGGAACACGUUUGUGGGCACCCCCUUCUGGAUGGCACCCGAGGUCAUCAAGCAGUCGGCCUAUGACUUUAAGGCCGACAUCUGGUCGUUGGGGAUCACAGCCAUCGAGCUGGCCAAGGGUGAGCCUCCGAACUCUGACCUCCACCCCAUGCGUGUCCUGUUCCUGAUCCCCAAGAACAGCCCGCCCACCCUGGAGGGCCACCAUAGCAAGCCCUUCAAGGAGUUUGUGGAGGCCUGCCUCAACAAGGACCCCCGAUUCCGGCCCACUGCCAAGGAGCUCCUGAAGCACAAGUUCAUCACACGCUACACCAAGAAGACCUCCUUCCUCACCGAGCUCAUCGACCGCUACAAGCGCUGGAAGUCGGAAGGGCACGGCGAGGAGUCCAGCUCCGAGGACUCGGACAUCGAUGCAGAUGCUGAGGACGGAGAGCAGGGUCCCAUCUGGACGUUCCCCCCCACCAUCCGGCCAGGCCCGCACAGCAAACUGCACAAGGGGGCAGCCCUGCACGGCCCCCCGAAGUCUGCGGAGCCCGUCAAGAGGCAGCCGAGGUCCCAGUGCCUGUCCACGCUGGUCCGGCCUGUGUUUGGAGAGCUCAAGGAGAAGCACAAGCAGAGUGGCGGGGGCGUGGGGGCGCUGGAGGAGUUGGAGAACGCCUUCAGCCUGGCUGAGGAGUCCUGCCCUGGCAUCUCGGACAAGCUGAUGGCUCACCUGGUGGAGCGGGUGCAGAGGUUUUCGCACAGCAGAAACCACCUGACGUCAACCCGCUGAAGGGCGUGGCUGCUCGUGGAGCGUGGGGAGAAGGGUCUUUGUGCGGAGCUCGUCAGGCCUGGGCGGACUUGGAACCCCUGUGCUGCUGCGGCCACGUGGGCCUCGCUGCUGGGUCACAGCCUCCUCCCCUUCCCGGCAGCGGAGCGGCGAACCCCGCGGCGCCCUGGACUGAGGAGCGGGGACUGUUGGGCCCGUCCGCCUCCUCCCCUGCCCAGGGGCCCACGGUGGCCACGCCGGUCAUAGAUUGGCCUGGUGGUGUCGGAUCAGGUACCGCGUCUCCAAAGUACUCGAGUCAGCCAGAACUGGUUGUGGUGGUGUGGUUUUGGUUUUGUUUUUGUUUUUAAAGAAAAUGAACUUCGUUUCCCUAAAUGUUCUGAAGUUAAGGUGUUAGUUUUCAUAGAAUAUGGAGAGGCUCCUGCCACUUUGAAUAAAGACCUGAAUUGGAGA